AUUACUUUAUAUCUCCAUACUUCUCUCUUUAGCUCUGCUAGAAAAAGUUUCAGACUUCACACCAAAGUUUCAAAAGCCAGACAUCAAUGUCUUCUGUAAUGGAGUUUGCCGCUUCUAAAGAAAGCAAUGAAGAGGGUAAAAAUGAAUGGUUAGAUCAUUUGCUUAACGUGGAUCCAACGCUUUCUAACAGCUUCUCACUCUCCGCUGAUACUUUCCUCAAAGCUGCCACCGCUCUUAAGAACCAGGUACUGGAGGUAACGUGGGGAGGAGGAGGUGGAAGAGGUGGAGGGUCGGGUACGGGAAUAGACCCGACUGUGUACACUGGGCUGCUGGGGACAGCUUUUACUUGUUGGAGAUCUUACGAGGUGACCGGUAAUCGGCAGGACUUGUUAUUGGCCGCUGAGAUCGUUGACUCGUGCGUCCCUGUCUCUCGUGCCUCUACCAGACAUGUGACAUUUUUAUGUGGUAGAGGAGGGGUGUUUUCACUUGGAGCAGUGGUAGCCAAAUAUUUGGGGGACCAUCAAAGGCUUGGACUCUUCGUAAAUCUUUUCCGCGAGGUAGCACAAGAAAAGGCUCUUCCGGUUGGACCUGAAGAAGGUGGUUUCGGAAUGUCGUACAAUCUUCUUCACGGUCGAGCCGGAUUCUUAUGGGCUGCUUUGUUCCUAAACAAGCAUCUUGGGAAAGAAACGGUACCAAAUGAUGUACUGAUGCCGAUCGUUGAUGCUAUACUAGCUGCGGGUAGGACCGGGGCUUCCGAUCUCCCAGCCUGUCCGCUGAUGUAUAGAUGGCAUGGCACAAGGUACUGGGGUGCAACCAACGGUCUCGCCGGAAUCUUGCACGUGCUCCUUCAUUUCCCUCUCUCGGAAGAUGAUGAGGUCGAUGUCAAAGGAACUUUAAGGUACAUGAUGAGUAACAGAUUCCCACAUAGUGGAAAUUACCCUUCAAGUGAAGGGAACCCGAGGGACAAGUUGGUGCAGUGGUCUCACGGUGCAACUAGCAUGGCGAUCACUCUAGCCAAGGCAUCACAGGUGUUUCCGAACGAUAGAGAAUUCCGUGACGCCGCCAUAGAAGCGGGGGAGGUUGUGUGGAAGAAUGGGUUAGUGAAGGAGGUGGGACUAGCGGAUGGUAUCGCGGGAAAUGCUUAUGCUUUUCUAUCGCUUUAUCGACUUACCGGAGAGAGCAUUUAUGAAGAAAGGGCGAAGACGUUUGGAAGUUACUUGUACCAGAAUGAAAGGAAGCUUGUAAAAGUGGGACAUGGAGGCGAUCAUGGGCAUGGCUACUCCCUUUUCCAAGGACUUAGUGGGAUAGCUUGCCUAUGGUUUGAUCUGCUUGCACCCCACAACUCUAAGUUCCCGGGGUAUGAGCUCUAAGCCACAUAUGAUAUCUUUUGGGUGAACUAAGCCAAAUAUGAUAUCUUAGUCAACCAACUGUUGUAAGCCAUAACGAUUAGUAUCUUUUCUAUAUAAACGAACCUGCACGGUGUAUAUUUUGAAGUGAAAUAUGCAGUCUAGCAUCUAAAGCCAGAUGCGUUGGUGGUA